CUGAUUUCUCUGAUCCGUACUCUGCCUUUCGACGAUCGAUUAAUCUUGGAUCCAUGUUUUGAAGAUGAUAUAAAUAAUUAUGUGAACUCACUCUAUGUAGAAAUAAUCGAGAAGAGUCGAACGUACUACAAAUGAACGGUUCGUGGUCAAAAGUUGUCAAGGAAACAAAGAAUUGAAACCCCGACUCGAGUUGUGUUCACGGCAAAGGUGGGCCAUUCCAUUUAAUAUCCGCAUCCCCCAUAUUGAAGGCUUGGGAUUUCUUAGGGGGAGGGGUUGUUAACGCUACAUAUUUCCUGGGGGGGUUAAAUCAUAUUUCCUAGAGGGGGUCGCCAUAUAUUUCCAGGAGGGGUCGAUAGCACGCGGCUCCCACGCGCGUUUCGUGGGGCAGAGCUCCAUACCCAUGGAAUAUGGUCAACCUCUUUUCGUUUGGUUGUCACGUGACUGACCGAGCGUACGUGCCCUCUGUCAUGUAUGCUAUCAAGAAAAUACUUUAAGCAUCAUGGGAUGCAAUAAACCACAAGGUCUGUUGUGUUAUACAGUACAUAAUACCUUCAGAUUGCAUGGGUAGGGUAGGGGGACUAUCAAAACUAAGGGAGGGGUGUCUCAGGUGAGUCUUGGCAAAUGCACAUCUUUUAUGUUAUCAUUAAUAUUUCGUACUUGGGGGCUCCACUUUUAUGCUUAGCUAAAUCUAUAUAUUAUAUUAUAUGUUUGCCGAACAAGAGGGGUUGAACCAUAUAUUUCAUCUGAUUGAUGGCUCCAAAAUAACUGUAAACGGCUUUUUCAACACUCAUAGAAUGCCUGAACACGUAAAGCACAUCGAAUGGGAGAUGAAAUAGGGUUCAAGAUUACGAGUUUGUUAGUCUGCACCGCCAAAAUUUCUCUCAAAUCCUAAGUUGCCAUUUUGUUGGUGUUUCAUUGGUCAGCGGAGAUUAAAUGGAUCAGAAUUACACUUCAUGUAUGUGACUCCUGCUUACAGAGCUAAUAAGGAAUCCAGUUUUCUGAAAAAACAGUUUUUGGUCUGAUUUUAAGGUCAAGAGUGGACUUGUCUGUUUUUCCUACAUUAGUAGCAAAUCAGGGAGUGAUUGAAGGAAGAAGAGGAUGAUAAACUUAAUAUUAGUAACAGUCAUGCACACACUCUUAUUUAUCUAAAAUUAUGUCAUUUAGUCAUGGUCACCUUGCAUGCACAAAAAGACUGAUGGUGAAGCUCUAAUUACCCAUUACGUCACAAUUUAUUCUUUUUUUUGUUUUUUUGUUUGUUUGUUUUUUUCGUAGAACAGACAGGGAGAUAACCAUUUUGAAUUCCUUCAAAUUGGGCUGUGUAGUGAGUGUACAACAAAGAAAACAAAACAGUUUAAAAUGAGAAACUAUUAUUCAGAGAAAAGAACUUAUAUAACUGCUAACAGGAAACUGCGAAAAGAACAGUGACAGUUUAAACGAUGUAACAGCUGUGAUAAACGGAACUCACAAUUCUCAAGAGAUGCAUGUAACUUAGAAAUUCCCUAAAAUUACCGCAGUUACAAGCAGCAUCCCUACGAGUACCACACGUGUAAUUUAACAGUCAUUCGUUGAUAUUGCCUGAUGAGUGCAGUAAUUCUCUGUCCAUAUAUAUCAAGAACUUUAUAUUUAUUUAUAUAAAUGUGUAUAUAUAGAAUUCUGAGGGGGGUCAUUUAAGGAAAUUCCGAAGGGGGUUCAGUUGCUUAGCUUGAUAGCUACAUAGAAUUUUUAGGGGGGUAAUUUAAGGAAAUUCUGGAGGGGGUUAAAAAAUUUCUCUUCUGGAGGGGUGUUACAGGAAAGCCUUCAAUAGGGGGGGUAUGGAUUUUAAAUGGAAUGGUCCGUGAGAAAUAACAGAAGCCAAUCACAACUUUGAAUGUGAUUGCAAAUGUGUCUUACUCUCAUUAUUAUAAAAGAUGGACACCACCUUAGGAAGUAUGAGAGAGACAAGGUGAUCACAGUGUGCCAGUACCCAAAUCAACAAAGUUUGACCGUAACAAGCAUUAAAGAACACGUUCCAACAUGGCCAUCUCGUGCCCGAUUCCUUAGUCUUUCUCUUCCAGUGUACUAGCAGUGGUGCCAAUAGGGUCAAGUGCGUCUCAUAACGAAGAAACAUUUGUACAGAGAAGAAAGUGACUAUGAUCAGAGUAAACUUUCUCCCAGUGGGUCAUACUCAUGAGGAUAUUGAUGCUUUUUUCGGUGUUUAUUUGAAGCACUUGGAUAAGCUUGAUGUUUAUACAGUUCCAGAAUUACUCAAGGCACUGGAAGAUUGCAUGAAGCAUUCCACUCCCAAGCCGUUUAUGCUGCAUAUUGUCUAUGACAUAAAGUCAUGGAUUUCAGAUCAUGCAGAGGAACUACACAAGCACAUGGUUCCAAAGUGCUUUAAAUUUGAGUUAAACGAUGAAGGGAAAGCUACAAAGCUUUACAGAAACUGGAGCCAUGAGCAGUGGCAAGGGCCAAUUGUUAUCCUCAAGAAUGUGCCUCAUGGAAAGACUAAUCUUUUUUUGGAAUUAUUUUUGCACUUGUUUGGAUAA